GCUGGGCGGCAAGAUGGCGGCGCGAGUAGUGCUCGGGGCCGUUUGCCGGCGUCUCUGGCAGGCAGGUACCGGGCAGGCUGGGGGAACUGGGCGAGCCAACAGGGGCAGCUGCUACUCAGUCUUGCUGCCAGCCGUCGUUCUGACCGCUUCAAGGGAUUUUUCUGUAAACAGUUCUAAGAGCAGUACAUCCAAAAAUGGUGGCUUUCUUCUCAGUACCAGUAUGAAGUGGGUACAGUUUUCAAACCUACACGUUGAUGUUCCCAAGGAUUUGACCAAGCCUGCGAUAACCAUUUCUGAUGAACCAGACACAUUAUAUAAGCGCCUGUCAGUUUUAGUAAAAGGCCAUGAUAAGGCUGUGUUGGACAGCUAUGAAUAUUUUGCUGUGCUUGCUGCUAAAGAACUUGGGAUCUCCAUCGAAGUACAUGAACCUCCAAGGAAAAUAGAGCGAUUUACUCUUCUUAAAUCAGUGCAUAUUUUCAAGAAGCACAGAGUUCAGUAUGAAAUGAGAACACUGUACAGAUGUUUCGAGUUAAAACAUCUAACUGGAAGUACAGCAGAUGUCUACUUGGAAUACAUUCAGCGAAACUUACCUGAAGGCGUUGCCAUGGAAGUUACAAAGACAAAAUUAGAACGGUUACCAGAGCACAUCAAGGAGCCAAUCUGGGAGAGGAUACCAGAGGGAAGAGAAGAAAGCAAGUCAUGAAGUCUGAUAGAGACUAGUGGUGCAGAGUCUUGAAAUGAGGGUGGGCCAGCCACAUCGGCUGGAAUAAGAGAGCUUCCGGUGAGACGAUUUUGAGUCCAUGUAACUGCUCUGUUGAGCCCACGUAUCCUAUCAGUUGGCAGCAGGGAGUGGAACGUUAAGGAUACAAUGGACUAUAGUAAAAGAACCUCUUUAUA